UAAGAGGAUUUCCCUUGGUCAGUAAAAUACUUAUGUUGUUCAAGACAAAGGUGUGGUGUGAGAUAUAUUCCUCCUUUAUUACAUUGCCUCUCCUAUAUAUGAUGGAGCGUCUAGAUACUACUCAGAUCCUGACUCAUUAUCUCUGAUAGCUUCGCAGCAUUAAUUUGUACAUGCUUCAAGCUUAGCAAGGAUUUCACUAAGCAUGGGACAUAAGUAUCUUCCUCUGGCUUUCUGUAUAUGGGCUUUGACAUGCUCACUUCUUCCUACUUCUAAUGGCCUUGUGAGGAUUGCCUUGAAGAAGAGACGCCUGGAUCUUGAAAGUAUCAAAACCGACAGAGUGGCGAGAGAAGAGAAAUCAAGAGAGGGCUUACGAGGCAUGCCUCAUUAUCUGCGUAGUUCAGAUGAAGCUAUAGUAACUCUGAAGAAUUAUUUUGGUGCUCAAUAUUUCGGACAAAUUGGAAUUGGCACGCCCCCUCAGAAUUUCACUGUCAUAUUUGAUACUGGCAGCUCCAACCUAUGGGUUCCAUCAUCAAAAUGCUUAUUUUCUGUAGCUUGCUAUUUCCAUUCUAGGUACAGGUCAAGCCGGUCCAGAACAUAUAAAAAGAAUGGAAAAUCUUGCGAAAUAAAAUAUGGAUCUGGAUCAAUUGCUGGUUUCUUCAGUCAAGACAGUGUUAAAGUGGCAGGUCUUAUUGUCAAGGAUCAAGUUUUCAUUGAGGCUACACAAGAAGGCAGUCUCACAUUUGUGUUAGCGAAGUUUGAUGGAAUACUUGGACUUGGAUUUCAGGAGAUUUCAGUUGGGAAUGCUGUGCCAGCGUGGUACAAUAUGGUGCAGCAAGGUCAUGUAAAGGAGGAGGUUUUUUCAUUCUGGCUUAACCGGGAUCCGGAUGCAAAAGAGGGAGGUGAACUUGUCUUUGGUGGUGUUGAUCCAAAGCACUUUAAAGGAGAUCACACCUAUGUUCCAGUCACUAAAAAGGGUUAUUGGCAGUUUGAAAUUGGAGAUUUCCUCCUUGGGGGCCAUUCCACAGGUGUCUGCGAGGGGGGCUGUGCUGCUAUUGUGGAUUCAGGAACGUCCUUACUUGUUGGUCCAACUCCUAUUGUAACUGAAAUAAACCACGCCAUCGGGGCCCAAGGAAUCGUGAGUGCAGAAUGCAAGCAAGUUGUAACACAGUAUGGAGACUCAAUAUGGGAUCUCCUAGUAACUGGGGUAUUACCCGACAAGGUAUGUUCACAGCUUGGAAUAUGUCUUUAUGACGGGGCACAGUACGUAAGCUCUGGAAUUGAGACAGUGAUUGAGAAGGGAAAAAGGAAUGGAUCAUUGCCUGCGGAUGAACUCUUGUGCACUGCUUGUGAGACGGCUGUUAUUUGGAUCCACAACCAGUUAAGACAAAAGGGAACAAAGGACAAAGUACUCAAAUACGUGAAUGAUCUGUGCGAGAAACUGCCAAGUCCAGCAGGAGAAUCAGUAAUAGAAUGCGAUAGCAUUGCAGAGAGGCCAAAUAUUGCAUUCACCAUCGCCAACAAAACUUUCAAUCUCGCUCCAGAACAGUAUAUUCUGAGAACUGGAGAGGGCCUUGCUACCGUAUGCGUCAGUGGAUUUAUGGCUCUAGAUAUCGCUCCUCCAGGGGGUCCACUCUGGAUUCUUGGAGACGUAUUCAUGGGGGCUUACCACACAGUUUUUGACUUCGGUAAUCUUCGACUGGGUUUUGCUGAAGCUGCUUAAUGACCUAACUGUCUGGUAUUUGUAGCCAGUAAUCAGACUCCCAAGCAAUGUUCUGAUAUCAUAUUUUGUGGUUAAAUAAUGUAUUUUACUUAAAAACUUUGCGAUGUUUGACAGACGAGAAUUGAGGAGGUGCCUAUGUAUACAUACUUGAAAUAUUGCAAUACAAAUUUUCCUAUACAAAUCA